UAUAUGGAGAUAGAUGGAUACCUCAACCUCAUUCAUGUGGAAGUAUCUUCAUGGUACGAACACGGCCAGACAAGGGAGGGUCAGGCAGCACGAAAGAGAAGAGGAACAGAGAGAGAUUUUUGAUACAAACUAGAGUGUUCGCAGGGCAGAGAGGAGGAAAGUUCUUUCCCUGAUGGCAUGUAGCAGUAGCAGUUGAAUAAAUCAUCCUCUAUUAUUAUUUUCUUUUUGUUUGUUGGAUUACUUCAUCUUUCUGUCUGUCAAUCAAUCAGUCAGUGCUGUAGAUGGCAGUUGUUGUUGGGUUGCUUCCAUCCUUCCGCUCACUUGGCUUCCCAUCUUCUCUGCUAACCUCCUUUGCCUCCUCCAACUCCAUCGCUCUCCAACCACUCCUCUCUCAUAAGCACAUUAGUUUUUCAGAUAUAAGAAUUUAUCCUCUCUUAUAUUCCUCUGCUGCCACUGCUUCUCGCUUUUCUUUUUCUCGCAGGAAACAAUUGCUCUCUUUUAAGGUACAUGCAACCGUUGCUGAAACUGACCAACCGAAAUGGUGGGAGAAGAAUGCGGGACCAAAUAUGAUUGACAUUCAUUCUACAGAAGAAUUUUUGCGUGCCCUAAGUGAAGCUGGAGAUAGAUUAGUAAUUGUUGAAUUUUAUGGAACUUGGUGUGCUUCUUGUCGAGCGUUAUUUCCCAAGCUCUGCAGAACAGCUGAAGAACAUCCUGAAAUUCUAUUCCUGAAAGUCAAUUUUAAUGAAAACAAGCCUAUGUGCAGAAGUUUGAAUGUUAAGGUGCUUCCUUAUUUCCACUUCUAUCGUGGAGCUCAUGGACAACUUGAAUCCUUUUCAUGUUCACUAGUUAAGUUUCAAAAAAUAAAAGAUGCUAUUGAAAUGCACAACACAGCCCGUUGCAGCAUUGGUCCACCAAAGGCAGUUGGAGAGCUUACUCUUGAAUCUAUAUCAGCUCCACAGGACAAGACAGCAGGAUCUACAUAAACAUAAAACUCUUAAGCCAAGGAUCUGUCUGUAUAUUUGCAAAGGUGCCUUCAUGGUGAGCAAUCCGCUGUUAUUGUGUAUAUUCAGACUGUUAUUUGUAAGAGAAUAGCAGGCGGAAGUUGCCAUCGUUCUUGCAUUCCAUUCUCGUGAAUGUCAUAUUUUGUUUAUGAAAUAUUCGUGCAUGUUUGCUUUAGGUAAACUUGUGAAUGUCAGCAAACUCUUGUGCAAAAAUUCAAUCCGGAUACCAGAAAUAUUAUUGAUGAUGAACUAA